AUGUCACAACUACACCUCAUAAACCCAACCGACCUCCAAGACUUCGUCAUCAAAAUUCUCAUCGCAAAUGGCACUUCCAGCACACACGCAGACAUAGUCUCCAAAUGCCUUGUCUCGGCUGAUCUCCGUGGGGUAGACACCCACGGCAGCAAUCGAAUCCCCUCCUACAUGGAGCGAAUCCGACAAAAGGCACUCGACGCCUCUGCACUCCCCACAUUGGAACAAAAAACGCCCGUCGCAGCUCAAGUCAACGGCCACAAUGGCUUCGGUUUUGUCGCUGCUCAUAUGGCCAUGGAGCGCGCGAUUGAGAUGGCACAGACUUUCGGCAUGGGAAUGGUCUCGGUCAAACACUCGAAUCAUUUCGGGAUGUCCGCUUGGCUCGUUAAGCAAGCGCUCGAAGCGGGGAUGAUGUCGCUUGUUUUCACGAAUAGUUCGCCUGCGUUACCAGUCUGGGGAGGCCGGGAGAAAUUGAUGGGAGUUUCACCGAUUGCAUGUGGGGCUCCGAGUGGAGACGGAACGAGGCCGUUCAUUUUGGAUAUGGCGCCUUCCAUUGCGGCUCGAGGAAAGAUUUACAAGGCAUUGAGGAGGGGGGAGAAGAUUCCCGAUGAUUGGGCACUAGAUAAAGAUGGGAAUCGGACGGAUGAUCCGGCGAAGGCGCUUGAGGGCGUGAUGUUGCCUAUGGGGGGACCGAAGGGGUCUGCGUUGUCGAUCAUGAUGGACGUGUUCUCGGGCGUGUUCUCUGGGGCGGCAUUUGCGGGACAUGUUACUAACCCUUAUGAUCCGUCGAAGCCGGCUGAUGUUGGGCAUUUCAUUGUCGCUAUCAAGCCGGAUUUGUUCAUGAGUAUGGAGGACUUUCAGGGGCGUAUGGAUUAUCUGUAUAAAAGAGUUGUAGAGACGGAAAAGAUGGCCGGUGUGGAGAGGAUCUAUUUCCCUGGAGAAUUGGAGAUAAUCACCGAGGAGAAGAGAUUGGUGGAGGGGAUUCCUUUUGCAGAGGCCGAGAUUGCAAGCUUGAAUAAGGAGGCCGAUCUAGUUGGCGUUGAACAUUUGAAAGUGCAGACUAAUGAAUGA